AUGAAGAAGCGGUAUGUGGUGCUGGCCCUGCUGGCCGUGGUCCUAGUGAUCUUCAUCAUCAUCCUGUGCCUUUGCCUGCUCUUGACCUCCAAGCCACAGAGCCACGUCUACCCCAGGGCAGCUGUGGCCACAGAUGCCAAGUAUUGCUCAGAGAUCGGGAGGGACAUGCUGAGGGACGGUGGCUCGGCGGUGGAUGCUGCCAUUGCGGCCCUGCUGUGUGUGGGGCUCAUGAACGCCCACAGCAUGGGCAUCGGGGGCGGCCUGUUCCUCACCAUCUACAACAGCACCACGCGAAAAGUUGAGAUCAUCAACGCCCGUGAGGUGGCCCCUGGGCUGGCCUCCGAAGGCAUGUUCAACAGCCCGGAGCAGUCACAGAAAGGGGGGCUGUCGGUGGCAGUUCCCGGUGAGAUCCGAGGCUAUGAGUUGGCCCACCAGCGGCAUGGGCGGCUGCCCUGGGCUCACCUCUUUCAGCCCAGCAUCCAGCUGGCCCGCCAGGGCUUCCCUGUGGGGAAGGGCUUGGCGGCAGCCCUGGAGAAAGACAGGGCUGUCAUCGAGGAACAGCCUGCACUGUGUGAGGUGUUCUGCCGGGAUGGGAAGGUGCUGCGGGAGGGGGACAGACUGACCAUGCCGCAGCUGGCCAACACGUACGAGACGCUGGCCUUGGAGGGAGCCCAGGCCUUCUACAACGGGAGCCUCACAGCCCAGAUUGUCAAGGACAUCCAGGAGGCUGGGGGCAUUAUGACCACCGAGGACCUGAACAACUACCGUGCUGAGCUGAUAGAGCAGCCACUGAACAUCAGCCUCGGGGACGCCCAGCUCUACGUGCCCAGUGCCCCACUCAGUGGGCCGGUGCUGGCUCUCAUCCUCAACAUCCUCAAGGGGUACAACUUCUCCCCAGCGAGUGUGGAGACACCCGAACAGAAGGGUCUCACCUACCACCGCAUCGUGGAGGCCUUCCGGUUUGCCUAUGCCAAGAGGACCCUGCUUGGGGACCCCAAGUUUGUCAAUAUGAUGGAGGCCAUCAUCCAUAGCCUGUGGUUUGGCUACGAUGUGAAGCGGGCAGUAGAGGAGCCCCGACUGCACAACCAGCUUCUGCCUAACACCACGACCCUGGAGAAAGACACUGACCAGGCAGUGGUUGCAGCCCUGAAGACCCGGCACCACCACGCUGAGGUCACUUCCAACUUCAUCGCUGUGGUACAGGCCAUUGUCCACACGGCUGGUGGCUGGGCAGCUGCCUCAGAUUCCAGGAAAGGCGGGGAGCCUGCUGGCUACUGA